GGGCUCCCACCCUUUCUUAGUACAGUGCAGUUCCUGAUCUAAUAGCAAAGUGUGCGUACACUGUAAAACUUGCUGCAGCUCAUAGAUUUUAGCAAAAGAUAAAACUCUCUAUACAAAGCAAAGAUGAAAGCAAUGCAUUUCUUGCUCAUUUUAAAAACUGCUACUACAAUUUUUGCAGACAGACUUCCAAGUUUAGAUGAUAGCCCAGAAGCAUUUAUUGGAGUAAAAAGCAGUGCUGCCUGUCCUAUAGAAAUGACACCAAUUGGGGGCUGUAAUUAUGGACAGGACUGUACAUACCAAGUCAACCUGCCUCCUGUAACCAUCCAGAUGCCAGAGCAGUUCAAAUUGCUUGAAGAGACCAUAAAACAAGUGCAGGAGCUCAGAGAAGCCGUGCAGAAGCUAAGUUUAGAUUGCAAGCAUCAAGCAGAUGACCCAAAACCUAACCCACAAAGUCCAGAAGAAAUUAAUGAAGUGGAAGGAUUGAAAGACUUGCAAGACUCUAUUAAAAAACUCACAGAAACCACAAAUGAAUUUCAGGACAAAAUGAAGGAUGUGGACAACAAGGUGGAUACCCUGAAGUCUACAGUGAACAGUCUGAGCAAUAAAUGCUCCACAAGCUGUCCAUUAACACCAACAUAUCCAGAUGAGCAGCUGCAGCCAUAUAAGACUGCUACUACUGUUGCUACUACUACUACUACAACAGAUAUCAGAACAGAGACAACAGAAAGCAUCAAGACUGUUAAUAGUGACUCAACUAAAGCAGAUACAUCUACAGAUGAUACAAAAGGUGCUACAAAAAGCCCCAAGACUUCAAGAGUACAGACACAGCAUACAAAAGAGACUAAUGUACAUGGAAUAAAACCUGCAACAGAAAGCUUCACUAUUUUAAACACUGGAACGAUUAACAAAGAUACAUCUACAGAUGCUACAAAAGGUACUGCAAGAGCAGAUGAACAGCAUUUAAUAGGGACUACUGUACAUGGAAUAAAACCUACAACAGAAAGCUUCAUUAUUAUAAACACUGGGAUGAGUAACACAGAUCCAAAGAGUUCAACACAAAACAACACAUCAUCUAAACCAGCCAAGCCAACUGAAACAGGUGAAGAGAAGCAACCAAAAGAAAGCUACACAACUUCUACACCAAUACAAAAGACUAAAACAGAUCCAAAGAGUUUAACACAAAACAACGCAUCGUCUAAACCUGUCAAGCCAACUGAAACAGGUGAAGAGAAGCAACCAAAAGAAAGCUACACAACUUCUACACCAAUACAAAAGACUAAAACAGGUGAAGAGAAGCAAUCAAAAGAAAGCUACACAACUUCUACACCAAUACAAAAGACUAAAACAGGUGAAGAGAAGCAACCAAAAGAAAGCUACACAACUUCUACACCAAUACAAAAGACUAAAACAGGUGAAGAGAAGCAACCAAAAGAAAGCUACACAACUUCUACACCAAUACAAAAGACUAAAACAGGUGAAGAGAAGCAACCAAAAGAAAGCUACACAACUUCUACACCAAUACAAAAGACUAAAACAGGUGAAGAGAAGCAACCAAAAGAAAGCUACACAACUUCUACACCAACACAAAAGACUAAAACAGAUCCAAAGAAUUCCGCAAAAAACAGAGCAACUUCUAAACCAGCUAAGAUGACUAAAAUAGAUGAAGAGAGGCAUCCAAAAGAAAGCUACACAACUUCUACACCAACGCAAAAGAGUAAAACAGGGGUUGCUACAAAUCUACCAACACAUUUCACAAAAGACUACACUAGACCAAAGGAAGUAGUUCAAACAGAGACCUCAACAGAAAUUCCUCAAGUGGCAACAGGUGUACCCACUCCGAGUGCACGAAGAGACAACACAGCAACUCCUAAAACAGUCAAGGAUUGUUCUUCAUACUACCAACAGGGUGAAAGGAGAAGCGGGAUUUAUCCAGUAAUCCCUGAUUCAAAAAGUGGACCCUUUGAAGUGUACUGUGACAUGGAGACAGAAGGAGGAGGUUGGACUGUGUUGCAAGUUCGCAGAGAUGGUACAGUUAAAUUCAAUACAACAUGGGACCAAUAUAAAAAAGGAUUUGGUAGCCUUACUGGUGAAUUCUGGCUAGGAAAUGACCACAUCCACAAUCUGACCAAAGCUACUGAGAUGGGUCUCAGAAUUGAGCUUGAAGACUUCCAUGGAAAUAAAAAAUAUGCAGAAUAUAAACAAUUCUAUGUCUCUAAUGAGUUUCUUCGCUAUCGCCUAACAAUUGGUGACUACAGGGGAACUGCAGGGGAUGCUAUGCGCUAUAGCAAAAAAUACAACCAUGAUCAAAGGUACUUCACUACCCAUGACAGGGACAAUGACAGGUAUCCUUCCGGAAAUUGUGGAGCAUACUACAGUUCUGGCUGGUGGUUUGAUGCAUGCAUGUCUGCCAAUCUAAAUGGAAAAUUCUACAAAAAACGUUACACUGGAGUUCGAAAUGGAAUUUUCUGGGGCACAUGGCCUACUCUGCAAGAAGAAAAUCUCCAUGGUUAUCGUGAGUCAUUUAAAUUUGUAAGAAUGAUGAUAAAGCCUAGGGCUUUAAUGUCAUAAAACCAUCUUCUUUUAAAUGGAUUGUGGACUGCUUGCCUCAAAUUACAAAUGAAAGACUGUUUUCACUGUUUCCGUGAAGUUUUCGUUCAUACUUUCUACAUUCUAAAUGACUUUUCACUUUUUUAAAAGGCAUAUGUAGGACAUCAGACUAGCAAAUGGUAGUGUUCUAGUGUGGACUUCUACCAUAAUGUAUUAGGUGCAACAGUGCUACAAAAUUUAAAAAUAAGUUAUACCAUCAGUAGCCCAGCAGCAAACCUCUGAGUAAGUACAUAUGCAUGAUAAAACUUCAACAGAGAUAAGACAAAGAUACACUGGCUAAAACAAUAAAAAGUGCAACCAAUGAGGCACUGCAAUGAUGCUUGCGAAUGUUUGUCCAGGCUGAAAAGAUUGCUGCAAACUUCAACAGAGAUAAGACAAAGACACACUGGCUAAAAUAAUAAAAAGUGCAACCAAUGAGGCACUGCAAUGAUGCUUGCAAAUGUUUGCCCAGGCUGAAAAGAUUGCUGCAAACUUGUUCCAUCAAUGGACUUGUGUUAUACAUACCUUAUGUUACAUUUCACUUCUUAAUGACAGUUAAGAACACAGAAGAAAGUAGCUACUACACAAUAUCAAGUAAAUCCUUAGCCAUAAAAAUGGAAUAAAUUGUUUCAAUGAAGUGAACCUCUAA